CGUUAUUUUCUUCUGCUUUUGUUUACCAACUGUCAAAUCGUUCAAAUGUCAAACUGAAAAUGAUUUUCCAACAAUAAUGCCAAUAAUGUCAGAACGCAGAGAAGAAUUUGAUCUAUUAAAAUGGCAUCCAGAAUUAAUUUUAAUUUCAAAAUCACCAUAUACUUUCGAGGGUUUUUUAAGUUUACCAAAAAUAUGUAAUAUUCACGGUAAAAUAUUUAUAAAAAUCAAGUUAAUUGUUCCUUUCUAUCCAAAUUUAGAUGAUAUGACAGUUUAUUUCACUGAGAAUUUUAAAAAAUCCUUUAAAUCUGAUUUUCAAAAAUUAAUAUUAAAUUCACUGCAAAAUAGAAUAUCUUUGCAUUCAUUUCUUAAUCAUUUAAAGGAAUAUUUUAUACUACAAGUGAAAAAUGAAUGUGUUUAUUACAAGUGCAUCGCUAAUGCAUCAUUUGAUCCUGAAUCGAUGAAAAAUAGACUUAAUGAACUGAGGGAAUUGCUUCAGAAUUCUUCAGAAAUAAAAGUAUCAUCUACUUAUGACAUGAAGAAUAUUAAAUUAACGACAAAUGAUAUUUCGAUAAUUGUUCAAAAUAAAGAAGGGAACUUGUGGAAAAUUAUAAAUUCCGAUAUUCCAAAUAUUCUCGAUAAUAAUUCAAUUGAAAAUACUUUUUUACCGUUAAAUAGUAUUUGUAAUAUUUUUAUUUCAAAACUUGAUAGCUUAAAAAGAGUUUGGUGUGAAUUAAAAGAAAUUGACUCAGAAUGUUGGGUCAUCGAUCCAAUUCAUCCAAAACCACAUCAACUUUAUCGAAGAAUUUAUCUUUCGGAUUCAUUGUCUCUUAUGAUGACAUUGGAUCAUUCUUAUCUUUCAAGUGUACCAAAUGUUAAACUUGUAGGUUGCGAAUCGGAAGUUGUAAAAUAUCGUGAAAAUCUUUCAGAUCGAAUACAGUUAUGGGAUUGUGAGUAUUCCUUGUUGCAGAAUUUAUAUUUAUUACUUGAUAUUAUUGAAUUUCCACAAGCACCAGAGAAAAGAAAUGAUGAAAAUGAAAAUAUUGGAAUAAUAAAUGACGAAGAAUGUUGUAUUUGUUUUGAAAAUGAAUGUGACGAUCAAUUGCCAAAUAUAAUUUGCAAUAAUACGCGAUGUAGAAAGAAUUUUCAUUCACAGUGCUUACGACAGUGGUUGGAAUCUGCCACUGGAAAACCAAGUGCAUUCAAUCAAAUUUAUGGAGAAUGUCCCCAUUGUCAUGAAAAAAUUUCUUGCACCAGGAUGUAGAAAAAC